UACUUCCGGAGGUCAAAGGCGAACACCGUGUUUGAAAACAUGGAUCAAGACCGUGGCUCAGACAAGAUGUCCGUGGAUGCAGACAUUUCAUCUGUAAUGGGAUUCUCUGGGUUUGGUAAGAAAGCCCGAACAUUCGAUCUGGAUGCUAUUUUUGAACAGACCCGCCGCACAGCAAUUGAAAGGAGUCAACAUGUUCUAGACGAAAGGCAGAAGGAGUAUGAAAUGCGUGAUGAGGGAGAAUCCUCUAGUUCAUCCAAGAAGCAAACAGAAAAAGCUGCCGCUUCUACUUCAAGGAAACACAACAGUGACAGCAGCAGUUCAGAGUCAGAACUUGUUGGACCUCCAGCUCCCACACCUCAAGAACAGGGUGCUGAUGAAGAGAUUGUAGGACCGCCACCUCCUCCAGGUUACACUGGCAGCAAUGCGCAAAGUGAUGAUGAAGAGGAGGAUGACGAUGAUGAUGAUGAACAGGAUGAAGAAGAUGACAGUGAUAAUCCUGUGAAGAAGAUCCCAGACACUCAUGUGAUCACAAUUCAGCAUGGCACAAAGACGGUAUCGGCUCUUGGCUUGGACCCAUCUGGAGCCCGGCUGGUGACGGGUGGAUAUGAUUUUGACGUCCGUUUCUGGGACUUUGCUGGAAUGGAUCAAGCUCUGCAGGCCUUCAGAACCCUGCAGCCUUGUGAGUGCCAUCAGAUCAAGACGCUGCAGUACAGCAUCACCGGUGAUUCCAUCCUUGUGGUAGCUGGAAACGCACAGGCCAAGAUUCUGAACCGGGACGGCUUCAAUGUCAUGGAGUGUAUCAAGGGAGAUCAGUAUAUUGUAGACAUGGCUAACACAAAGGGUCACACGGCUAUGCUCAAUGGCGGCUGCUGGCAUCCCAAAAUAAAAGAGGAGUUCAUGACGUGCUCAAAUGAUGGAACCGUGCGAACAUGGGAUGUUAAGAAGGAGAAGAAUCACAAGUCUGUGUUUAAGCCGCGAUCUCUCCAGGGGAAGAAGGUGAUCCCGACAUGUUGCACCUACAGUCGCGACGGGAAGCUGAUCGCUGCUGGCUGCCAGGAUGGCACCAUCCAGAUUUGGGACAGAAACCUCAGUGUCCACACAAAGUUUCAUUGUCGACAAGCCCAUGCUCCAGGAUCAGACACUUCCUGCCUUGCCUUCUCAUACGAUGGUGUCACCCUUGCUUCUCGUGGAGGCGACGACACUCUGAAGAUGUGGGAUAUCCGCAACUUCAGGAAGCCUGUGAAUAUGGCAAAUGGAUUGACCAACUACUUCACCAUGACUGACUGCUGUUUUAGUCCGGAUGACAAACUUCUUUUCACUGGGACUUCUGUGAAGAAGGAAGAGGGAAAUGGGAAGCUGGUGUUCUUCGAUCGAGUUUCUUUCCAGAAGGUCUAUGAUAUUGAAGUCACCAAUGCUAGUGUGGUCCGCUGUCUGUGGCAUCCCAAACUCAACCAAGUCAUGGCAGGAACCGGAAAUGGACUGAUCAAGGUUUAUUAUGAUCCUGUCAGAAGCCACAGGGGGGCUAAGCUGUGUGUUGUGAAGAGCAAGAGGAAAGAGAAGCAUGCUGAAGCCCUCACCCAGGAUUACAUCAUCACACCUCACGCCCUCCCCAUGUUCCGAGAAGCCCGGCAAAGAAGCACGCGGAAACAACUUGAGAAGGACAGACUUGACCCCAAAAAGUCCCACAAGCCAGAGCCUCCUGUAUCUGGACCAGGUCGUGGAGGAAGAGUUGCAGCUCAUGGUGGGACUUUGUCCUCCUUUAUUGUCAAGAACAUCGCUUUAGAUAAAACGGACGACAGUAACCCACGAGAGGCCAUCCUGCGCCACGCCAAAGAGGCGUCCGAGAACCCCUUCUGGAUCGCCCCGGCCUACAAAAAAACUCAACCAGUGACGUUGUUUGCCGAGAACUCGGACGAAGAUGAAGAAGCGGAGAAGGAACCAGAGUGGAAGAAGCGCAAGAUCUGAUUGGUUCUUUUAUUGACAUCAGUGACAAAUUUGCAGCUGUGGUCGGAUGCAGCCACAGACUGCUGAUUCAGUCAAAAACCUUUCAUCGCCGUAGUUAAAUGUUGACAGGCUUGUCCCCCUCACCGUCGAGGUGCUAUUAUGUGCAGCUUUUUGUGAAGAGAGCUGAAGCAUUCACGUACAUGUUAGAGAGCAAUGCAAGACGACAGGAUGGAGGAUUUAAUGUCUUUUUUUAAACUCGUAUAAUGUUCAAUGAUCCAGUGUUCUCUUUGCAUUGAUGUUUUUUCUUUGGUUCAGUUAAAAAAAACAUUAAUAAAUGCCUUUUUUUUAUCAGUUGGCUUUCAAACAUUUUAAGUAGAUUUCAAUCAUGUCUUAAUUACUUUUUCUUGGAGACAAAAAAACAAUUGUGGAUUCAUCUUUUCCUUCAGUGUCAGGCCCUUCACAUGCUUCGUAUCCUGGGACAUUAAAGUUUGGAGCUACGUAAUAAACUGUAUA